AUGCACUGGGUUGGAAAGGUGGGGAGGAGGGGGCAUGAGGGGCACCAAGGGAUUUAUGGGGGGUUGUUUGAGGGGGAGCAGCCGGUGAGUUUUGGGGAUGGGAGGCCGGGGCAGGGAGGGAGUUUGGUGGUGAGCCCGGAUGUGGUGGAGCAGGGGGUUAAUCCGACGAGGUUCAGGGAGGAAGAGGUGCCCGAGAGGGCGUUUGCUUGGUUGAGUUCGCAGGGGGUGUUUCAUGGACGGCUGUUGGUGGAUGGGAACACGGGGGAUUUGGGGAGCAGGGUUUUCAAUGAGGGGAGGCUGUUGGCCAAGGGGCAGCUGACGAAUCCGAAUGGGGUGGAGGCUGCGGGGGGGAAGAGGCAGGUUUCGACGGAUGACGUCGAGGCUGUGGCGUUGACGCAGUGGCAUGUUAUUUGCUUGGUUGGGAGGAGGGUGGUGGUUGCCAAUCGGCUGACGGGGGAUAUUGUCUAUGAUCAGAUUGCGCUGGAGCAGGGGCAGAGGGCGGUGGGGUUGAGCGUGGAUGUUCAGAAGAACACUUUCUGGUUGUUUACGCCGCAGGAGAUAUUGGAGAUUGUGCCCAAGGAGGAGGAUAGGGAUAUUUGGAAGAUUAUGCUCAAGUUUGAGGACUUUGAGGCAGCGCUGCAGCACGCGCGCACGCCCGCGCAGAAGGAUGCGGUGGCGAUUGCGCAUGGGGAUCACAUGGUGGGGAAAGGGGCAGCACAAUCGAGGCGGCGGGGGAAGUACUUGCUGACCAAGCUGGGCACGUACAAGAGGUCGUUUGUGAUGCAGAGGGUCAUGAUUGCGGCUUGGUUGGUGGAGGUGUUUAUGGCCAAGCUCAACUCGCUGGAUGACACUAUCAUCACAGGGGCGGAGUUGUCUGAAGACAUGUUUCAGGACUUUGUCACGAAGCACAAGCAGGAUCUUGACCGUUUGCUGUAUUAUGCCAAUGUCAUCAACGACUACAAUUAUGUCUUGUCGUACUGGGUUCAGAGGGAGAGGUGGUCGGAGGCGCUCAAGGUGCUCAAGAGGCAGACCGAUGCCGGGGUGUUUUACCGGCACAGCAGCGUGCUUAUGACGCAUGCCGCUACCGAGCUGGUCGAUAUCUUGAUGCGACAGAGCAACCUUGACCCACGGAAUUUGAUCCCGGCGUUGCUGGAGUAUGACAGGAACUUCAAGGGGCCGUUGAGUCAGAACCAGGCUGUUCGGUAUCUGCAGUAUGUGGUUAACCAGCUCGGCUCGACAGACGCGGCUGUUCACAACACUCUGGUGUCGAUUUACGCUUCGCACUCGUCAACGGACGAGUCCCAGCUCAUGGCCUAUCUCGCCUCACAGGGGGACGAGCCGAAUUUCGACCAGGAUUUCGCGCUGAGGUUGUGCAUACAGAACCACCGGGUCCUGUCUUGCGCACAUAUUUACACCAGCAUGGGACAGUACGUCCAGGCUGUGGACCUGGCCCUGUCGCACGACAAGAUCGAGCUCGCGUCCAUCGUUGCCGACCGGCCCAUGUCGAACCCCGCGUUGCGGAAAAAACUCUGGCUUGCUGUCGCGAAAAAGGUCAUUUCGCAAUCCAACGGCAUCAAGGCCGCGAUUGAGUUCCUCAAGCGCUGCAACGACCUCCUCAAGAUUGAAGAUUUGAUCCCGUUUUUUCCAGAUUUCGUCGUGAUUGACGAUUUCAAAGAGGAGAUUUGCAAUGCGCUGGAGGAGUACAGCCGGAGCAUUGAUGCGUUGCGGAAGGAG